AUGGUCGCAUUGAACAGAAAACGUCGUUCUAGUAACGAACCGUUGGUUCGUCCCGAGGGUGCUGUUCGUAUCUCGAAGAAGGCUAGACACUCUUCUACCUUGGCCUCGAUCAGGGCUUCGAGACUGCCUACCAUCAACUCCGUUCCCGAAGCCAAGACUGAAAAAUUGGACGUCUUUGUUUGGGGUACCGGUUCAAUGUGCGAGCUUGGCCUGGGCCCGGCUGCUAGUACCAAAGAGGUCAAGAGACCGAGACUGAAUCCUCUUCUGAAGAAAGAGGAUGUUGGAAUUGUCGAUUUUGCAGCUGGUGGUAUGCACACUUUGGCGCUGGACCACAACAACCAAGUUUGGUCGUGGGGAACCAAUGAUUCGGGUGUUUUGGGAAGAGAUACCAGCAAUGCCACCUCGGAGAAGCUAAAGGACAUGGACGCCGCUGACAGUGAUGACGAAGACGGUGAUCUGAAUGAACUGGAAUCUACACCAGGUUUGGUGCAGGGUUUGCCCUCGGACUUGAAGAUUGUUCAAUUGGCUGCGACUGACAACCUGUCUGCGGUUUUGCUCGAAAAUGGUGAAGUGUAUGCAUGGGGUACAUUUAGAUGUAAUGAGGGACUGCUUGGUUUUCAGGAUGGAAUCUUGAUCCAGCGUACCCCCAAGAAAAUAGAGGGCUUUGAGAACGUGAGCCAAUUGGCCUCCGGAAAAGAUCAUGUGCUAGGUCUGGAUACCAAGGGUAUCGUGUAUGCGUGGGGUAACGGCCAGCAAUUUCAGCUGGGCCGCAAGAUCGUUGAAAGAACCAGAAUGACAUCGUUGGAACCCAGAUCUUUUGGUCUCAAGAAUGUCAAGUUCAUUGGUAGUGGUGAAUUCCACAGUUUUGCAAUCACAACGGAUGGAAAGGUUUUGGCGUGGGGACUCAACCAAUACGGACAGUGUGGUGUUGCUGCAGAGAUUGAGGACGAGGCAGUUUUGCAAAAACCCACAGAAAUCGAAGCUUUGACCGGAAAAGACAUUGUCUAUAUCACUGGUGGUGAACACCACUCCAUUGCCUUGAGUUCGUCUGGUGAAGUUUACACUUUUGGCAGAUAUGAUAUGAAGGAGGUUGGUAUCCCCAAGGACAAGCUUCCCGAAUACACAUUCAAGGAUCAACAUGGAAACCCAAGAUCCAUACCUGUUCCCACCAAAUUGGAUAGUCUCCCUCCGGUGAAGACUGUUGCUGCUGGUUCGCACCACUCGCUGGCAGUAACCACAGACGGCAUCGUUUUUGCCUGGGGCUUCGGUGAUACCUAUGCCGUCGGCCUCGGAAACUUGGAUGAGGAUGUGGAGAAACCAACCAGAAUCAACAACACCGCAACCAGAGACCACAAUAUCGUUUCUGUUGGUGCCGGUGGUCAGUUCAGUAUCAGUGCUGGUGUGAAGCUUGAUGAAGAUGCUUCCGAAGACAGAACUGAAAAAAUCGAAGAGUUUGAAGAAGAGUUGGAAUCCAAAACUGCAAAUGGCCAUUAA